AUGCCGAAGCAAGGAAAAAGUUUCAGCAGUGGCUCGGAUGACGAUGUUGACGCUAGUGAAUUAUGUCCGCACUACGACGAACACCACAGGGGGAGGCAUUACAAACAGUAUCUAAGGCAAAAAUCAGCUGAAGCUCAUACCAUAAAGGAGAGUUCGCACCCUCCGCUAUGGAGAGUCCCUAUUGUUAGGCAGCCCCUUCCAGUAAGCAUAGAAGAGUUCAACUCAGCAGAACCCCAGUACACAAGGUUUGUUAAGGCUCUGUGGUCGCACGCUAGGGCCACAGUUGAGGACAAGGAAGCAGCACAGGACUUUGCUCAGUCCCCAGUUGGCCAGGAUUCGGUGCCCCAGCGCUGCCGAGAUCUCGACGAGGCGGGCUGGAGGCGGAGGGAACUUUUGCAGCACUCUUGGGAUGACCGGCCUGGAGCUGUAGGUAGACCGCUGAGUCCCACAAUUAUUCGACAGGGACCUUCUUGGCUCGUUGAUGCUGAGGGUUACGAGGGACCCUUUGGGUCACCCGGUGACCUCCGGUCAAAGGGCAUGGCGUAUAACAGCAGAUUCCAGCUCCCGACUCUCUCUUCCCUCAUGAAGGCUAAACAUGCGGUUUUUGUCAAAGCGAAAGACCCUAGACAAGCGCAAAUGGUCUAUGAAAGAAAGAGCAUGUCUGCGCGGAGGUGCAGGCAAACACAGCGUUGGGGCGCCGGCCGUUGCCGGUCCUCUCCUCCUCAAGUCAACUCGCCCACAAGUACUCCAGGGAACCUGCCGAUGCGGCAUCAGCCACAGCAGCUCUCUCCUGCAGCUCCAUCGCCUUCUCUCUUGAAUCCUCCUGCUCCGCUACUGUCUCCGAACGCCUGUGUACGAGCGGGGCAAAGUGGGUCGCCCAGGGGAAGUUUGCCUUGCAGCCCCAGGACCUCUGCGCCGCCGUCUCCCGCCGGCUCCCCUAAGAACAGACCGACGGAACGAAGCCCCAGAAGCCCAUUAAAUCAACAGAACGAGGGUCAAAGUGCUGGCGAGGGUACCUGGACGGUGCACAUUAGAGGAAAGGGGAAGUGCCAGUAUCCAGAGAGCUAUAUUCGGUGGAAGAGGGAGCGGAAGCGAAUGAGAGAAAGACUUAAAAGACUGAGAGCUGGAGAGAUAUUUACGGGUGAUAGGCCAAAGGAAAGCUGUGCAGACUGUGAAAGCCCCAGUCUGUGUUGGGACCCGCAGCCUCUCACGGAGCACCUGCAUGCUGUCCGCAGCUUCGGCUCUGCCCCAGAGGAUGACGCCUCCUCAGGUACCGAUCUUUCCUCCUCUUCUCAGCGAAGCAGCAGCAUCAGCACUAGCAACAGUGAUGGCAGCAGCAGAAGCUGCAGCCCCUCCCGUGAGGAUAACUCCACCCACAAGUACAAGCUUCGCAUUCCUGCCUAUGGGAACUCCUUCCCGUCUGCGCCGUGUAUGGCGGCCGGCGCAGCCCUCGUAGCACCAAGCCCACUGUAUCCCUUUGCUGGAUUAGCCCCCGGCGUUGCUGUUGGCAGCUAUGUGCAUGCCCCUUCAGGGCCGCCUGUACUCCACGGAGCUUUACGGCCUCUUCAGAGCAGCUUACACCCAGGGAAACCCCUUGGUUUGGGGAACAGCAUGCAGCAGCAUCCACCGUGGCUCGUACUAAUGCCGACCAUCGCAGGGACUGCGCUCAUGCGUGCUCAAACUAGCUUUGUGCUACCUUCUCUUCAGAAGCAACAGAUUUUGAUGGGGCAACAGCAGGUGCAACAGGGGCAGAUGCUGCUGCAACAGCUGCAGCACCAGACACUGCUGCAACAGCAGAUUCCACGCAGCUAUAUGGCGGUACAGCUUCCAGCGCAGUCUUCACAGUCUGUCACCUUCGAACAAUCGCAACAGCAGCAACAGCAGCAGCCGCCGAUGUCGUGCGGAGUUCAGCAGGGAGCACAGAAGCGGGAGAGCACAAAAAUGGGGGACCAACAGAAGAGAGAGCAGCUUUCCUCAAAACCGUGGGAGGGGUUUGCCAAUUCAAGAGGGUCACGGGAGGAAUGGAGUCGCAAGGAGGCCCCCUUCUUCCGGUUAAAAGAGCACAAUGGCAGCGGCAGGCCCCACGUGCGAUAUGUCAGCGCACCACCCCCGGCAAGGCGCCACACAGGGAAAGAAGAUCGCGAGCAUGCCCUUCCGUCAUCGCAUGCUUCUGCAGCACAGCUUACUCUCAGCCCAGCUGCCUCCCCGGCAACCGGCGCAGGAUGUAAUAUGGUAAAACAGGCGCUACCGCAAACACUGCUAACGCAGCCAAUCGUGACUGGACCUUCACAUCCACUCUUCGGGAUCCCUCAAUCGCUCUCAGCGGGGCCAGGAGUAGUUCAAGGUGUCGCUCAGGGAGUACCCGUGGCUGCAAUACUCCGUGGUUCGCCUUUGUUGGUUUCAUCCGGGACUCACUUGAUGGCAGAGACACCACAACAAAUACACCCUGGAGGUCCUUGCGUUUUCUCUGGAGCCGAGCGAUUGCAGCGGCGGCAGCCAAAGGAUGCUGCCGCUGUCAGCCACAGAAGUGCCUCUUGCAGCCCUACAGCGCCUCCUGUGGUUGUUGCGCAGCUUCCUGUUCUGCCUCUGCAGCACACUCCAGUUGUGGUCCAACAGCUUCGGCAGCAGCCGCUCUUGACGCAGCAGCAGCAGCAACAACUCACCAUUAUACAGCAGCAACAGCACCCUCUCCUCAUACAGAAGCAGCCGCUCGUGGUACAGCGACAGCAGCAGCAACCCCUCGUGGUACAACAGCAGCAGCAGCAGCCUAUAGCCACACAACAGCUGCAACCUGUUGCGAUGAACCACACUCAGCAAUCGCCACAGCAGAGUGCCGGUGGUUUGUUACAACUGCAGCCAGAUGCCACAGUAGUGAUACAGCAACAGCAACCUGGCAUUGUAGUCCAGCAGCCGCCGAUCAUCACUCCAGAAGAGCGGAAGCCUGCUGCUGCAUUAACACCAGAAAAACCAAAGACUCACUGGCUUUGGAGCUGCAACAUCGACUGCGGAGCCAAUUGUGGUGGAAGGAGCCCUGCAGCUAGCCACGUGGCAGUGCAGGAGCAGCCGCCAGCUGUGCAGCCGGACUGCAGAGAAAAACACCAACCGAAGCAGCGCCUACAACAUACCCAAGCGGAGCAGCGAGCUUCACCAGAGGAAGCUUCUGGAGAGGCACCUUCAAGCCUCACACCCACAGCUGCACCAGUGCCACCUGCUGAAUCAAGAGUUUCUGCAACAGCACAGCAGGUUCACCAUCUCUCUCAGCAGCCUUCUGGUAGCGACGGCACUAGAGAAGCAAUGCAAGGUGUCUCACAGGCAUGCCAGUAUCUCCAACCGCCACAACAGCAGUUGCAACGACUUUCCCCUAGGAAACAACAGCAACCUCAAGAACAGCAAAAGGUGCGCACACCGACGGCUCUCUCCACCAGCAGCCCCAUUGCAUUUGUGCCUACUGCUCCAGGCACCCAGAACAUAGUCGCGCCAAGUGCGGCGGUGGCUUGCAUGGAAAGCCAGCAGAUUCAGCAGCACCAGCAGCCACCGCAACAAUGCAGGCAAUCAUCGUGUUGCAAGCCCCACCGGGGGGGAGCUGUAGCUGAACAGGAGCCGCCCUUCAAGUUCUUACCCUUCACAUUUAUCUCACCAAAACGAAAUAUCGCCUGCGGAAUGGGAAAGAAAGUAACCUUCAGAGAAAGAACGACCACUGCUUCUUCACCGAUGCAUCAGCAGAAGCAUCAACAGCAGGAGCGCCAGAGCUGCUGCGGUAGAACUGGCGGCGAACUUUCAGCGAGCGUAUCUUGCAGCAUAUAA